UUCACUAGUUCUAUCUUCCCAACAACACACAGCAAAUAGACUGAGAAGCAGAGCAAUACAGAAAGCCCAAUAUAAAGAAGAGAAGAUGGUUCUUAAAGUCGUCGCCCUUUGCGGUUCUCUCCGCAAAGGAUCUUACCACCUUGGCCUUGUCCGAGCUGCACAGCAAAUAUGCAAGGACUUCCUUACAGGAAUGGAGAUUGAGCUUGUGGACAUUUCAGAACUUCCUUUGCUCAAUACUGACCUUGAAGUCGAUGGGGUUUGCCCUCCUGUGGUUGAGGCUUUCCGUCAGAAAAUUGCUGCCGCCGAUGCCAUUCUCUUUGCGUCGCCGGAGUACAACUACUCCAUUACCCCUGCAUUGAAGAAUGCUGUUGACUGGGGAUCUAGACCUCCCAAUGUUUGGGGUGGAAAGGUGGCUACCAUUGUCAGUGCAGGAGGCGGUUUUGGUGGUGGAAGAUCACAUUACCAUUUGCGCCAAGUUGGGGUUUAUGUUGAUAUUCACUUCAUCAACAAACCAGAGUUUUUUGUGCCUGCAUUCAACCCUCCUCCAAAGUUUGACGACAAAGGAAACUUGAUUGAUUCAAUGUCCAAGGAGAUCCUACAACAGAUUCUUGUCUCAUUGCAGGAAUUUACUUUGAGGCUUAAUGGUACCUCUCAGUAAAUCUCUGAAACUCUAAAUCUCGAUUAGUUCUGGUCUUUCCUCAAUGGCACCACCACCAUAAGUGCCUCUUCAAAAAUGGUUCUUUCUUUGAAAUUUCUGUUGCUAGCAGACCAUUUCAAUCUGGUCUGCAAUGUUUUUGAUUGUAAUAGUAAAGGAAUCCCAAUAAUAACACUGUUAUAGCAUUGGAGUUUUGAUUUGUAAUUGGAUUGUGCCUAAAAGAAGUCUGUCCUCGACUUGUUCUCUUUCAUUACUUCUGCUAGAUCAUGUGGUAAUAAAAUAUUGGGAAAAUAUUUCCAGUUUCUACA